UUGUUUUUUUUAAAAAACCAGCCUUGCCUUGAAAUUUCCAACACCUCCAAAUACAACACAUAACAUCACCAUCCCAUCAUACCCACACUCAUUUGGGUCUCUUCUUUCGCUGCCAAUCGCAGCACUCUCUUACCGAAUUUUCAACCGCGACGCCGCCAGUCCUUCAAUUUCUCAACAUGUCGCUGUUUGGAGAACCGACGGGAGCGGCAGGGCAGGCUGCCAGAAAUCGUCUCUUCGGCGUUGAGCCAAGUCCUGGCCAGACGUCGAUGUUCGGAGAGCCGACGGGAGCGGCAGGACAGGCUGCCAGGAAUCGCCUCUUCGGCGUUGAACCAAGCACAUCUACUGGCCAGCCAGCCCAGUCGACACCCUCCUUCUUUGGACAACCCGCACAACCACCCGCACAGCAAACUCAAACUAGCGCUUUCGGCUCCGCGGCUAACACUACGCAACAACAGCAACAACAGCAGUCACCCUUCUCGAACCUCACCGGUGCUGCAACCACGAAUCAGCAACAACAGUCUAGUGGCCUUGGUGGUGGACUUGGUGGUGGUCUUGGUGGUGGACUUGGUGGUGGUCUUGGUAGUGGACUUGGUGGUGGUCUUUUCAACACUUCCGCUGCUGGCACAGCAUCUACGAAUACCCAGCAGCAACAGCAGCAACAGCAGCAACCACCUCGAACAGGAGGCAUAUUUGGUGGCGGGUUAUCUACGGCUACUUCACAACCGCAAGGAGGAGGCAUAUUUGGUGGUGGACUAUCUACGACUACUCAACAACCACAGGGGGGAGGCAUAUUUGGUACAUCUACGGCCCAGCCUCAGCCAGCCGCAGGAGGUCUUGGAAGCUUUGGACUUACUGGAAACAACGCAUUUCUAGGAACUUCGUCUUUACUUGGAGCUGGCGAAGCUAAUGCGAGUGCCCUGCCACAAGGAAACACGACGGGUUAUUUCGACAGCUUACUCUCCAAGGGAAAGAAACAAGGAAAUGAGCAGUCUCCCCUCGAAGAUCUUCCAAGUCUCCAGCUUGGCCUAGGUGACCUUCGCCAGCGCCUUCGAAAACUUGGCCCCCGAGCAGACCCUGCAGCGCACGAUAAGGCACGAUUUAUCCUCGCCGCAUCUGGUGUCGAGCCAGCGGCAGCGGUGAGGGACCUAAACGACUUCGAUGUUCGAGUUGGAGGCCGCGUCGAACGCCCUACGGCUGCCCCUUCCGCUACCGACGUCGAUGUCGAUUCCUAUCUUGAGAAUCUCCAGAAGAAGACUACAUUGAGUAUGAUUGCUGAUGGCUUGGAAAGAUCGGCGAGGGACUUCGACAACUUCCUAGAAGACAACAUCACGAUGGAGUGGGAGGCACAGAGGAAGCGCAUUUACGAGCAUUUUGGCAUUAAGACUAGUCAUGACGGACCCCAGGAUGGACCCCAUGGCACACCCAGAGAGUCCCAUGCGGGCUUCGGCCGAUCACGACGAACGACGAAAACUGCACGGUCUACCACACCAGGUAUCAAGGCGAGCGCUUUUGGACGAUCAAACCUCCAGAAAUCCGUCAUUGGCACUCCCAGCAAGAUUGGCUCCCAUCAACCUGAAUUUACCGACGUUCAGGAUACAACAGGGACUCCAGCUGCUCUGAACGGAACUGCAUCGAUGGACGAUCGGUUCCUUCGAGAGAAGCAAGGCAGACUUGCGGAAAGAAUACGACAGCUUAACCAUGCCCGAAUCGAAAAGCAGCCCUACCCAAUUCUACACGAGCUCGCUGAGGUGGCGAGUACCUCUGGUGACCAACAUGCUCCGCAGCUCGUUGAUGCUUAUCAUGCUGCUAUGGCCAUCGUGGGAGAGAACCCGGAAGCAGAGAGCUUUGCGAGCGAUGCCACAGCACGAGAGCGCCAAUUCAAAGAUAAAUACUUGGACGCAAAUGAGAAAUCUCUUGGGUCGGUGGAAAUGCGAAAGCGAAUUCUUCAUGGUGCGAAUACCUUCCUUGAGCGGAAGUUCUUUCAGCAAGUCGAAGGAGUCAUUGCUAAGCACCCCCGAGAGGCCAACCUGGGUGGCCGCCCCGAUGUUAUCAGCAAGAUCAAGGCUUAUGUUCGGCUAAGGAGCGCUAGGAAGGACCUUGUGCCGGACAACAUCGAGCUUCAGCAAGUGGAAGGGGAAUUUGUUUGGGCUAUUGUGUUCUACCUUCUUCGUUCCGGAAAGAUUGCCGAGGCUGCCGACUAUGUUAAGACCCAGUCGACCACUUUCCGAAGCAUUGAUCGUACCUUCGCAUCAUACCUCCUAGAGUAUGUUAGCAGCCCCGACAGACGCCUGAGACGUCAGCUACAGGAGCGUUGUAACAAUGAGUACAACCAACGAGCUCGCAAUGCGCCCGAGAACUCCAUUGAUCCUUACCGCAUGGCCUGCUACAAGAUUGUAGGACGCUGCGACGUGAACAACCGUAGUCUUGAUGGACUAAAUACGGAGAUUGAGGACUGGAUAUGGCUUCAAUUCAACCUCGCUCGUGAAAUCGACAAGGCAACCGAAGUGGCUGCUGAAUCGUACGGAUUGCAAGAUCUGCGAACUAGUAUCAGAGAGAUCGGCCUCAAGCACUUUCCGAAAUCUCCAAGCGAUGACGAUAACGGCGCAUUUGGCAUGUACUUCUUCCUACAGAUCCUCUCAGGCAUGUUCGAGCAGGCCGUCGCAUAUCUCUAUGCGUUUUCAUAUGUCGAUGCUAUUCACUUUGCCAUUGCGCUUGAGUACUACGGUCUUUUACGUUCUUCAGACCCCUGGACCACGGCAGAUUCUCUCCUUUCGCACGAUACUCGCUCCAGACCACAGCUGAGCUUUGGCCGAAUGCUUGGAUACUACACACGCGAUUUCCGUGCUGCCGAUGUUGCCUCUGCUGUGGACUAUCUCACGCUCAUCUGUCUCAAUGCCGACCUGGGCGGCGAGGCCGGGCGACAGCAAGCAGAGCUAUGCCACGUGGCUUUACGAGAGCUCGUCUUAGAGACUAGGGAAUUUAGUAAGCUCAUUGGUGAUAUUCGACCAGAUGGGCGCCGUAUCACUGGUCUCAUUGAAGAACGCGCCUCGCUUAUUGGCCUUCGGGAGGAAGAUGAUUUCGUUAAAACAGUUACCUUACAAGCAGCCCGAUUCGCCGAUGAUAACGGCCGAACGACAGAUGCUGUAUUAUUAUACCAUUUGGCGGGAGAUUACGAUAGUGUGGUGACGAUUGUGAGCCGUGCUCUCAGUGAGGCCAUCUCACUAGAGAUUGGGGAGGACCCCAUGCGUUUGAUGCCAGUUAAGCCCAGAUCGGACGGUAAGAGCCCCGAGGCGCAGCCUGGCAGCAGCUUGAGUUUGGCAUCGGUUGACGACCCCGUUCAACUUGCCAUGACGAUGAUGACGAUGUACGAAAAGGACGCCAUGUUCUACACCAAGAUCGAAAACCAAAACCGCGUCGCAUGCCACAUUCUCCUACAGAUGAGCGAUAUCAAGGGCACCGUCGAGGCUGGCCAAUGGCCAGAGACUCUAGACAAAAUCCGUGCAUUGGAGAUUUUACCGCUGGAUGCUAAUGGCGAUCCGGCUCGAAUCCGGCAGUACGCAGCUAAAUUCUCUGGACUAUCUCAGACGGUUGCUAUCAAUGUACCAAACCUGCUGAUGUGGACGAUUACAUGCUGCAUUCGACAGAGGGAGAGACUUGCGACGGGACAGUUCAGUGGAAACGAGGGCACGCGGAAGAUGAUGUGUAAGAACUUGAAGCAGAUAAGCAUGGACUUGACUACAUAUACUAGCCAGCUGAGAUAUCGGUUCCCACCGCAUCUGCAUGAGGCAUUGGCCAGGGCAUCUUCUGACUAGGAACAAGAAGAUUGUUCAUGUAACGAGUAGUAUAGUGUCCUGCGGUGGCUAGGGAGGGGAAUCAAAGGGGGAGUAAACUUGUUAUUAGUAAGGAGAAGGGUACGAAAUAGAAAGAGGGGAAAGAAAUGAAUAAAUAAGUAAGGAGAGAGAAAGGAUGCUUUUGUGUUUUUCUCUUUUUCCCCCAACGAUAACGAUAAAAGAUUAAGGGAGAUGCCGCAAGGUUGAAAGUGAAGCUUCAAGAUGUGUGAAGCUACUAGGUUAGGGUAAUGGUGGUAACUAUGUAUUGUACAUGUAGUAAUGGGUGAAUUGAGUAGUUAUCAAUUAA